CACACACACACAUUCACAUAUCCACACACACACAUUCACAUACACACACGGGAAGAGAAGAGAGAGUAUCGGCUCUCCGCUAGUCGUGCAGUCAAGCUCUGCCCGGGAGAGGAUGACCGCGGUCGGGGGAGGAAAUUGAAGGGAGAGGGAAGGCAGAAAUGAGGAACAUACUCAAACUCGUGCGUCUUUUUCGCCUUUAAUCAGCUGACAUGCGUGUUCAGAGGAGUGCACGCGGACAGGAAAUCCAGAAUGGCUUCCGGGAUUGACCUCCGCUCUUGGUAGAAGAACCCAGAAGUUCACGUCCGUUUGCACGUCGUCUCACAGCUUUGGGAAUUUCAUGAUGUAAAUUUAUCUUGCUCCUUUUUUUUUGCUUUUGGUAAACCUCCGGCUUCGGCGCCAUGAACCUUAGAGGAUCUACUGGGACCGCUAUUUGCUCAGCUUGGAUUUAGAUUCCGCUUCUGUUUGGACUACUUUACGUGGGUGGGACUUGCAGCGGUGGCUAGUGGUGGCGGCUGUGGCGGUGGGAGGACCUUCCCACCUUGGAACACGGGGAUAACUUUACAAAAGCUCGCUCCACCAUGAGGAUAUCCACCGCCUCCUGCCUCUGUCCCGUUCUGGUCUGCCUCUGCUUCAUCCAGAGGUGUUACGGGGCGAGCCACCACCUCCCUGCCAAAGUGCCCUCCAAGAACCAGACCAGACUGGCCAACGGGGAGACGGAGGUGCACCACAGGCCCAAACGAGGCUGGAUCUGGAACCAGUUCUUUGUUUUAGAAGAACACAUGGGACCGGACGCACAGUAUGUGGGAAAGCUUCACUCAAACUCAGAUAAAGGCGACGGAUCCGUCAGGUACAUCCUGAGCGGGGAAGGAGCCGGGACUAUAUUUAUCAUCGACGAAGUGACAGGAGAUAUUCACGCCGCUAAGAGCCUGGAUCGGGAGAGGAAAACGCAUUAUGUCCUGCAUGCACAAGCCUUGGACCGCAACACGGAGGAGGCCCUGGAACCAAAGUCGGAAUUCAUCAUCAAAGUACAAGACAUCAAUGACAAUGCACCCAAAUUUCCAGAUGGACCCUUUGUAGCGACGGUGCCUGAGAUGUCUGAAUUGGGCACAUCUGUGUUGCAAGUCACUGCGACUGACGCCGACGACCCCACAUAUGGAAACAGCGCCAGGAUAGUCUACAGUAUUCUACAAGGACAGCCAUAUUUCUCCGUCGACCCCAAAACAGGAAUCAUCAGGACUGCCUUAGCUAACAUGGACCGGGAAGCCAGGGAACACUACACCGUUGUUAUCCAAGCCAAAGACAUGGCAGGCCAGGUCGGAGGCCUCUCUGGCUCCACCACCAUCAACAUCACGCUGUCAGACAUCAACGACAACCCGCCCAAGUUUCCACAAAAAAACUACCAGCUGUACGUCCCUGAAUCAGCUCAAGUAGGGAAACCGGUAGGGAAGAUCAAAGCCAACGAUGAGGACCUGGGCGUCAAUGCAGACAUCAAGUACAGCAUCAUUAACUCUGAGGGGGCCAACAUGUUCUCCAUCUCCACGGAGAGGGACACGAGAGAGGGAAUCAUCAGCCUCAAAAAGCCUCUGAACUACGAGAGAAAGAAGACCUACACCCUCCACAUUGAAGGGGUGAAUACACACGUGGAUCCUCGUUUUUCCUACCUUGGUUCUUUCAAAGACACUGCCACCCUUAAAAUCACAGUCGGGGACGUGGACGAAGCACCUGUCUUUUCUGUUGAACAUUACAAUCUGGAUGUAUAUGAGAACGCACAGAGUGGCACAGAGGUUGGUGCCGUAUUGGCUCGAGAUCCGGACGGCAGGAACAGUCCUGUCAGGUAUUUCUUGGACAGCAAAGAGGACGGCGUUCGGUAUUUCAGAAUCGAUGAAAGCAGUGGACUGAUACGGACGACACAGCCUCUGGACAGAGAGGACAUGUCUUGGCACAACAUCACUGUGAUGGCCUCGGAGGUUGACAACCCAGGUCUUUUCAGUCAAGUUCCUGUUACCGUCCAUGUGUUUGACAUGAACGACAACCCGCCAGAAAUAGCCACAGAUGAGGAAGUCAUUGUGUGUGAGAGCUCAAGGCCGGGUCAGGUGAUCCAGACUGUCACGGCGGUGGAUAAGGAUGACUUUGCCAACGGACAGCGCUUUUCCUUCGCCUUGCCGAGCCAGCUCCCGGUUAAUCCCAACUUCACCCUCAAAGACAAUGAAGACAACACAGCAAGCAUCAUCGCCAGGCGGCGGCGCUUCAACCACCUGACCCAGGAGCUAUACGAGCUGCCCAUAGUGGUGUGGGAUGGUGGGGAGCCAUCGUUGAGCGGCACCAGCACCUUGACCCUGCGGGUGUGCCCAUGCCAGCGCCACGGCAAGAUUCGGAUGUGCCAGGGGGAGGCGUUCCUCUCCUCAGCAGGUCUCAGCACGGGGGCACUGAUUGCCAUCCUGCUGUGCAUCGUCAUCCUGCUGGCCAUCGUUGUUCUCUUCAUCACUCUGAGAAGGAGCAAAAAAGAGCCUCUCAUCAUCUCCGAAGAGGACAUCCGAGAGAAUGUCGUCACCUACGAUGAUGAGGGCGGAGGCGAGGAGGACACCGAGGCCUUCGACAUCAUCGCCCUUCGAAAUCCGGCCGCGGCGGAGGAGCUCAAGUUCCGGCGGGACGUUCGCCCGGAGGCGAGGCACCACUGCGGUCGGUCCCGCAGCCGCAGGAGCCCGACUGUGGAGCUAGACGAGUCGGACGUGCACGAGUUCAUCAAGCAGAGACUGGUGGAGGCCGACAUGGACAACAGCGUGCCGCCCUACGACUCCCUCCAGACCUACGCCUUCGAGGGCCAGGGCUCACCCACAGGGACCAUCAGCCCUGUAGACUCUCCUGGUACACAAUCAGAGCAGGAUUAUAACUACCUGGACGACUGGGGGCCUGAGUUCCAGAAACUUGCAGAACUCUAUGGAGAGGCAGAGUUGGAUGUGAAGACCUAGUCUGUGAUAUCGCCUUUGUUCACACCAAAUCUGUUUGAAACCCUGUUUUUCAAAUUUUCAGUGAACAAAAUGACGAAAACAGACGCUUUUAAACUGUUCCAGGUUUUUCAACGUUUACUGUUGAACUCAAAAGACUCCUCUAUUUUUUUUUUCUUUUGUCCUUUUUUUUUUUCUUUUUCAUUUUGUCGCUUUGGGUCAUGGGUCGUUCAUCUGAAAGUAUUACAUCAGAUUUUAAGACUGAAGAAAAUAAUGAGAGGAAAAAAGGAAAAAGGAUAUUUUCCUCAGUGUAUAUUUUUUAUUGCUCAAUAAAGUCCUGAAAUCCAUGA